CCUCCUUUCUCGCGUCCCCUGAGUCGCGCUCCCUCAGUCCAGUCUCUGUCUCUCUCUCGCGCUCUCUCUCUCUUCCCCCCCCAUCCCCGCCCCCCGCGGCUGGGCCAAGAUGGCGGCGCUGAGCAAAUCCAUCCCCCACAGCUGCUACGAGAUCGGGCACACCUGGCACCCCCACUGCGGGCGGGCCUUCCUGCACAUCACCCAGGGGGCGCUGGGCGAGUCGCUCCGUAUCUAUGGCACCCUUUACCUGAUCGCUGCGAUUCUCCGGAAGCGAAAACUUGACUAUUAUUUGCACAAACUGCUUCCCGAGAUCCUUCAAUCAACCUCCUUUCUGACAGCAAAUGGAAGUCUUUAUAUUGCAUUUUUCUGCAUUCUAAGGCGGAUACUUGGAAAAUUCUAUUUUUGGACUCCUGGUUUUGGUGCUGCUUUACCAGCUUCUUAUGUGGCUAUUCUUAUUGAAAGGAAGAGCAGGCGAGGACUGCUCACCAUUUACAUGGCUAAUUUGGCCACAGAAACGCUAUUUCGCAUGGGGGUGUCAAGAGGAACAAUUACUCCUUUAAGACAUGGAGAAGUCCUUUUGUUCUGCAUCACAGCUGCGCUGUUUAUGUUCUUUUUCAGGUGCAAAGAUGGCUUGAAAGGAUUUACAUUCUCGGCACUUAAAUUCAUUGUAGGAAAAGAAGAAAUUCCUACACAUUCAUUUGCACCAGAAGCAACGUUUCUGAGAAGGGAGAGAAAAGGAAAGCUCCAUGAAGAAAUAACACAGAGAAUGAACAUAAUUGCUGUAACGAAGAAGCUUGUGGACAACGUAUGUAAGCAUGGGCCGAGGCACCGAUGUUGCAAGCAUUAUGAAGACAAUUGCAUCUCCUAUUGCAUUAAAGGCUUCAUUAGGAUGUUUAGCGUCGGUUACUUGAUCCAGUGCUGCCUUCGAAUCCCGUCAGCGUUCCGGCAUCUGUUUACAAAACCUUCCCGGCUGCUCUCGCUCUUCUACAACAAAGAAAAUUUCCAGCUCGGGGCUUUUCUGGGGUCAUUUGUCAGUAUAUACAAAGGUACGAGCUGCUUCUUGCGCUGGGUACGGAACUUGGACGACGAACUGCACGCACUUAUUGCUGGGUCCUUGGCAGGCGUUUCAAUGAUGUUUUACAAAAGUACUACUAUCUCCAUGUACCUUGCUUCCAAACUAGUGGAGGCCAUGUAUUUCAAAGGCAUUGAAGCUGGAAAGGUCCCCUAUUUCCCUCACGCAGACAGCGUCAUCUACGCCGUAUCCACAGCAAUCUGCUUCCAAGCUGCCGUGAUGGAAAUACAGAACCUGAGACCUUCGUACUGGAAAUUUCUAUUACGGUUAACCAGGGGCCGGUUCGCCCUGAUGAAUAGAAGAGUUUUAGAUGUAUUUGGUACUGAAGCCUCUAUGCAUUUCAAGGAUUUCAUACCUAAACUUGACCCAAGAUACACCGUUGAGCCUCCAGAGCUACCUGUUGAACGGUCUUGGAAGUGAUAUGUUAGCGCAUGAAUAAAUCUGACCGAUGUCUGUCUGGGAGAGUUAAAUUAAUUGUAACAGUCGAGUAUACGGAAGAGGGCCUAUGUUCUGCUUCAGUAUUGUUUCCGUGAGUUGUUUCUUACCAAUCAAAACAUACCGAAGAAGUGCUGUAGAAAGGCGUGGGCUGUAGUUCUGGCCCAUCCUUUAGAAGUUAAAAAAAAACAAAAAACGACGCUGGAUCACUGUGAUUGGUUGACAAGAUAGUAGAUUUUUGACAGAAUUAUAUAUCAUUGAAUUAAUAUAUCAACAAUGAAAAGAAGAGUAUCUGGGUGUACUUAAAUCAAAAUAACGUUUCCCCCCCCCCUCAUUUUAAUUCAUUCCAGUAGGUAGUUUUAAAAAAAGAACUAAAAAUAUUUUUGCAUUUAGAAAAAAUGAAAGGGACAUUGAAUAUAUAUAAUUGGUCGUUGCUAUAAAUUUUAUUUUAAGAAUCAGAUUUUAGUAGGGAUUUUUUUCCAAGUUCCAGAUAGUAUUGGUUGGUUGGUUUUGAGGGAGGGAGGAUAAUAUUGUUUGGCGGUUUUAUUUAGUCACUGGAAAUGUUUUAAAAGAGCCAAUAUCUAGUAUUCUGUUGAUGACUGCACUGCUCAUAUCCAGAUUUGGUUAUGGCAAACUGCCUUCCAAGAACAACUGGCUUUCUCCUAAAUCCAGUUUCACAGCUGGACUUUACACCAAGAGAAUGGGAAGAAACACUGAAACCUGAGGCCUUGGUGGUUUUUGAGACCUUGGUAUAGAUACCUGCAGAAGACAAGAUCCCCUUGGGAAGGGAAUGUAGCAUUUCGCAUGCUGAAGGAAGUCUCGCAAAAUACUGGAUCGUUUUAACAACAAAGUCCAUACAAAAGACUGGAGAAAACAGAUGUGUCCUUCAGUAUGUAAUCGACUUCAUUUUGCAAGCCUGUACCCAAUGUCCGUAGCUCAGUGGCCUUCAAAAGGAAUCAAAGCCCUGCAUUUCAACAGACGAAGCAAAACAGAUUGAUUUGUUACAACAGAGAUGCUGUUUAUUUCUGUCAAUGUUGUUCCUUGUUGAAUUGUUUUUGGAACUGUCCAGCAGCCGUAUAUAUGGGAAGAAAGGGCAUGCAGACCAUCACAGAAUCCGUUUUUCUCUGUCUCUGCUGGGUCCCAAUGACAGCUGGAAGUUCUAGCCCCAUUUGGGCAACGGGCUCAGUUAUAGCUGUUGCAUCAACCGCAACAACAGACUUUUGCAAGGGUUUUUGUUUUCUUUGCUUGUUUGUGGGGAAAAGACACAUUAUCUGAAGACUGGAUCCAUUCAUUAAGCCAAAAAAAAAAAUAAUCUCACUUCCUGAAAUGUCAGUGAUUUAAAAAGAUGGGGUAGUUGUGCAGAUUCUGAUUUAAUUGCUGUAAGUUAUUUUUUUUUCCAAUGAUGUAUGUAUAUAGAUAGAUUAUAUAUAUAAAAAUAAUAUAUAUCCAUAUGACAGAAUCUUUUCCCCCCCAGACACUGUAACAGUGAAGUUUAUAAUGAAGCAGCAGCCAUAGCAUAAUGCUUUCGUUAGGACCAAUGAAAAAUUCACCGAGUUGUAAGCAGCUGAUUUGUGAGGGCUUUUUUUUUUUACAAGUCCCAAUAAAAGUAUCACGAUGCUGUU